AUGAUCCUUGGUUGGUAUGAGCUCUGAUAUGCUCGGAAGAGCAUAAUCUCCGUCGGUGCGCGCGGACAACAGCGGGAUCAUCCUCUCGGGUCAUGGUGAUGAUUCGCCGUGUUCCUUGAGGGAUAUAAGACGGCUUCGCCAGGACACCACCUAUAUCGCUCUUCGUAUCUCAGCUCCGUCAUACGAACUUCGAGACAAUCAUGCAAUUCAACAUCAAAAUCGCCGCGCUCCUCGCCGUACUCGUGGCCCCGCACGCGCUCGGCCAAACGCUCUACUCCAUCUCCUAUGACACAUCCUACGAUACCGCUAGCACUCCCACCGCUUCUGCGAUGUGCGGCAGCCAGCUCACCUCCGAAGGGUACGCGACCUACGGCUCCAUUCCAACCUUCCCGUCGCUCGGCGGGUCCGCGAACAUCACCGGCCCCGACUCCGCGCUGUGCAGCCAAUGCGUCGUCUUCGAGUUCGCGGGGAACUUCGCUGGCGUAAAGCUGAUCAACUCGGCCGGGGGCUCGGGCUGGGACUUCGUCAUCUCGGAGGAGGCGAUGAACACGUUGACGAAUAACGUCACGAUUUACCCGCACGUCAAUGCGCGCAUCGUGCAGGGGCCCUACAGUUGCUGAUUAUUCGUCUCCACGUUGAGAUUCUUUGUUUCGGGCGAGAGGGUCCGGGGCAGUUGUGUGUCCACGCGCUAUGUAGAAGCUGCUCAGUGAUUCCACCCCAGACACGUCUUGCAUGGUUGUUUGAGUGCUCUAUUCAGUUCCAUAAGGCGCGUUCAAGUGAUCUGAAAUGCUCUCGACG